AUGCUACACUAUGUUUCGGACGAUUGGUAUAAUUCCUAUGAGAAAUACCAGCAAGAACAUUCGAUGAUCACCGAUCCGCAAAACAGUGUUCACCAAACCGAGAAUUCGCGUAUCGCUCGAACCGCUACAUUUGUAAAAUUUUUUGGCGUAUUUUUUACUUUUUCAGGCAAAGUUUUGAUAAAAAAGCGUGAAUUUUACCGGGCAGUGCACUUCCUGGAGCCAAUAAAAGAUCAUUCACCGCGUGAUCGUUUCAUGUAUUACUGGGCGCGUUAUUUGGCAUGCGAACGAAAUCGACUGGAAUUGGAAGCCGAUUCACUGGAACGGCGAUCAGAUAGUGAUGAUUCGGAGUUUGUAGAACUUCACACUGAACUGUGCAUUUUGGGUGACGAACAUCCUGAAUAUUUUGAUGAAUUUCUCCUUUAUCUGUUAGAGGACGCGAAAGAAGCAUUUCUUCAGUCAGUGAUCGCAAAUCGGGCAAUGUGGCCGGCAUGGGAAGAACUGAUUGUGCUUGUGGAGUCGGUGAAUGAGGCUGAAAGCGAUGCAUACGCACAGGGUUUUCACUGGAUGUUUCAGUUUUUUCGAGCUGCCGUACUUGCUCGUUUUGAGUUGCACAAAAAUGCAGUGGAGCAAUUUGAAAGAUUGAGUGAAGCGGGCUUUCCCAAUGCACCAUAUAUUAUGAAUCAGGGCAUGCGAGCGGAAUUGGCACAUCUUGCGCAUUCAUUCUUCAAAACGCACAGAUUCUGCUGGGAAACUUGCUGCAUAGUUGGUACGUUCUUCUGUUCUGUGUUUAAUAUGAUUUGUGUGCUAAGCUUUUCCGCUGAUGAUAGCGACAACUUGACACAAAAGCGAUUCAUGAAAUUUCGAAAUUAA